UACUGCAGGCGUCUCUACACGCAGAAAAGACGAGAAACGGGCAGGAAAGCGUACGCCGUGCAACUGACACGGGGGAAAAGAACGCCAAUUCGUCGCGUGCCUCUACAUACCCGUACACUGCGCAGCAACGGAAAGCCACAUUUCGCUCAGUGCCCUGAUCAGCUGCUGGGUGCCCAAAGAGUGUGCUUAGUCCUCCAGGCGGCAGUGUGCAUGCGCCCGAGAACGUAUAAGCGGCACGCGGUUCUCCGAGGCGCUGACGUGCGGGAGAGCAGAGGGUGCUUGGAUUGUCGGAUCAGCGAUAUUCUCCCCCCGCUUCCAAUCCAGGAUGCCCCUCGCCUGUUUCCUCGGGCGGUUUUACACCCAAGCCCGCCCCGGGAACACGGACUGCUUUUGGUGCUGGUGUGGAGCGGCUCCGGGGUCACCCCUAGCAGCACGCGACCGGCUUUCCUAGGAGCUGCUGAACGGGCUCUUCCAACCUGCCCGUCCCAGGCAACCGAGCUCCUUCACGUCGCAGUGCCUCUCGGCUCCGGGCGCCCCGCCGCGUGCUGUAGAAAUUGUACAACGGAGCGGGAAGCGAGCAGGAAAACGUAUCGUGCCAGACCGAUGGGGGAAGAAGCAUCGCUGCCUGCUCACCUGCCGAUCCUUGCCCGGAUGCUGCUUGAGCAACGGAAAGCCGUGCGUUCUGUAAUGCCUCGGAACCCAGCUUCGGUGACCGGUUGCCCGAAUGGACCGAUGGGGGAGGAAAAACAGCGCCGCCUGCUCCCCUGCCGAUCCUUGUCCGGGUGCUGCUCGAGCAACGGAAGGCCACCUGUCCCGGAGUGCCCUGGAACCCAGCUUCAGUGAUCAGUUGCCCGAACGGACUAACCCAGCAUACUUGGGCAAGCUGAUUUCUCAGACGCCUCGACGCAAGUCCGCAAAGUUCCUGGGUUUGGUCGUCUUCACGCAGCGUAACUGUGCAUCCAGUCCAAGAGAAGAAUAUCUGUUGUGUCGGCUCUUCCAAGCAGCAUUGCGGGAAGAGAUGGAGGGGGUUGUAGCCUGGGAUGCAGCCCUGCUGUUGUACUGGUUUGGACAGAUUCUAGAAUUGAAACGGUUCUCGUGUGAUGUCCCAUGAUAACUUGCAGAUCACGCUAAAGUGUCCCUGUGUUCUGCUAGUCCUGCUUCACGUUAGUCCUUGUCAACGGUUUAUGGGCGUUAGGCCCGAUUCCGUGACAAAGGGGACGGGGGACCCAAGGGCCCACGCCCCGGGAAAAGGGGAAAGGGGAAAAGGGUAGGGAGAUGGCCCUGAGAGCAAAGA